UAAGACUACACAUCCCAGGGUGCUAAUGCUCACUCAGCUGGCAGACUCUGGUGGCUGUGACGCAAGAGUUCCGUUCUCCAGCGUAGGGGUCUGCGUACUUGCGUGCCCGUUCCUCGAUCCCUGUUGAGUGCUGGAGCGCGAUGGCGGCGUGCCGGGGAUCCUCAUCGAGAUGGUUCUUUACCCGGGAGCAGCUCGAAGCCACGCCGUCCCGUCGCAGUGGCGUCGAGCCGGAUAAAGAGCUUUCGUACCGGCAACAAGCGGCUAACCUCAUCCAAGAUAUGGGCCAGAGACUCAACGUAUCUCAAUUAACAAUAAACACUGCAAUUGUUUACAUGCACAGGUUUUAUAUGUACCAUUCGUUCACCAAGUUUCACAGAAACAUUAUUUCUCCAACUACAUUAUUCUUGGCUGCAAAGGUAGAGGAGCAGCCGCGGAAACUUGAACAUGUCAUCAAAGUAGCGCAUGCCUGCCUAAAUCCUCAAGAGCCACAGCUAGAUACAAAGAGUAAUGCAUACCUCCAGCAAGCUCAAGAGCUGGUGAUACUUGAAACCAUAGUGCUCCAGACAUUAGGUUUUGAAAUAACAAUUGAGCAUCCACAUACAGAUGUCGUGAAAUGUUCCCAGCUAGUGAGAGCGAGCAAGGAUUUGGCACAGACUUCCUAUUUCAUGGCUACCAACAGUCUGCACCUCACUACAUUCUGUCUUCAGUACAAGCCCACAGUGAUAGCAUGUGUGUGCAUUCAUUUGGCUUGCAAAUGGUCCAAUUGGGAGAUUCCUGUAUCCACAGAUGCAAAGCAUUGGUGGGAAUAUGUAGAUCCAUCUGUUACUCUGGAACUACUUGAUGAGUUAACACAUGAGUUUCUACAGAUACUGGAGAAAACACCCAGCAGAUUGAAAAGAAUUCGAAACUGGAGGGCCAAUCAAGCUGCUAAGAAGCCCAAGGGUGACGGGCAACUUGCUGAUAGCUCAUUUCCUGGUCCUUCCAUGGUCCAAAAUCCAUCUUUGGUUGACAGCAUUACUGUUGUGUCAGCAAAUGCAAGUUUCCUGAAAGCAUCCAGCUCUGCAUCGUUUCCUGUAACCUUGCCUUCAAACUCUGCAGGAGCUACAAUGCAAGGUGGUCACUCUCUUGACUCCAUUGCUGCAGUGACAACAAGCUUGCAGAAUACCUCGUAUAACUUCACAGCGCCGAACGACUGGCCCCAGCACCAGGAUCAGAGCAGAUCGGAUGUGUAUUCUCUCAAGCAGGAGACAUUGAACCUUCAGCAAGGAGCCUCUGGGCAGCUUCAUGCUGCUACCCUCCAUCACAGACCAGAAAAAAAUACUGAACAUUCUUCCAGUAAACACGAACAUAAGUCAAGCAGCAGCAGCAAACAUGCACUGCUUGCUCCUCCACCGAUCCCUCCCCCACAGAAAAUGACAUUGGACAAAUACAGAGAGAAACAUGCUGCAGAAAAGCGCAAGUUGGAGGGUCUUGGUGAUACAGAUAUCCAAAAUCAAUAUACUCCUACUACCCAGCUGAUGGUAGAGAAUCAGCCACACCACAGAAAGCAUGCUCAACAGUUACAAGUACCUGGUGGUAUUGCUGUGGCGUCGCCUAUCAAAAUGAAAAUUCCCCUUUCAAAUUCCGAAAAGACUGAAAAAAGAGACAAAAGUGGCUCCCUGAAAUUGCGGAUCCCGAUCCCUCCCACAGAAAAGCCUUUGAGCAAGGAGGAGCUGAAAAUGAAAAUCAAAGUCUCAUCUUCGGAGAGACACAGCUCCUCUGAUGAGGGUAGCGGAAAGAGCAAACAUUCCAGCCCGCACAUCAAAGAGUAUAAAGAAAAACACCGGGACCAUUCCUCUCACCGCCACCACGGUGGUAGCCAUAAACAUUCCCAUUUGCACUCCCACAUGCACAGUGGGAACAGUAGCGGCAGCAAACUGCAUGCCGACGGGACUGUAACAGCGGCUUUGAGGAGCCCAGUAGUUCUUAGCAGUGAGGGCGGCCCCUCCAGUUCCAGCUCUUCACGGAAGAGGACGCACCCUGACAUCAGUCACAACCACCACUCCAAAAUGAGCAAAAGUUCCAAAAGUUCAGGUAGUUCCUCUAAUUCUUCCUCUGUAAAGCAGUAUGUAUCCUCUCACAACUCUGUUCUUAACCUACCCUUCCCCCCUCCUCCCCCUGUCACAUACCAGGUGGGCUACGGACAUCUCAGCACCCUAGUGAAACUGGACAAGAAACCAGUGGAGACCAACGGCCCUGAUGCUAACCACGAAUUCAGUGCAAACAGCCAGCAUAUGGACUACAAAGACACAUUUGACAUGCUUGAUUCGCUGUUAAGUGCCCAAGGAAUGAACAUGUAAUCUAGGAGGAAAAAAAAACCUUAGGUCUUGUGUUUUGGGGGAAAAAAAAAAAUCUUAUUUUAAAAAACAAAGAAAGAAAUGCUUCCUAAUCUUUAGGCAGCAUAACCUGAUGCUGCCACUUGUUCAAUGUACUGCUGCUUUGUCCUCCACUGUGGAAAAAGAAAAAUAUCGUAAACAUAAGUAUCUCCAGUUCUCCACAUAAGAAUAGUAUUAUAAAUACUGUACUAGCAUGAAAGGUGCAUUUUUAUUUCAUAUUUUAUUUAACAAUAUUUCCACAACUGUAAACUUCACACAGGCAAAUAAGUGGCUGCUUCCAAAACACAGAUGCCCUGAACAGUGAAGGCAUGGUUUAACACUGCAGCCAAGAAAGUGGGGUUUUAGUUGCUUAGCUUUUGAAUGAGUGUCAUUGUUUUCUUUUUUAUAUCUUUAUACUGUAUGUAUGAUUUGCAUGUUUCAAUGAUAAAGGGAUAAAACAGAUUAUACUGACAACUGUUUACAGAAAGUGGAGAUAAAUGUACAUACAUUUUUGUAUGUUUAGCUAUACCAUAAAUACUCAGGUUUGGAGCUGCUUGUAAGUAUAACAAACAUGUAAAACACUUGUAUCUUGUGUAAGAGUCCAACAGUGAUUCAGAUGGCAGCAUUCCAGCUACUUAGAACCUGUAAGCUGCAUGGCUGCCAAGAGGGGCAUUUCCUGUCAUACUGGGAAUCCAGCACCAGUUAUUGGUACAUUUUCAAGAUUAUUCAGAGGUCACAUAAAAAAAUAAUGUCUUUUUUACUAUCCUGACCUGGUUGAUUGAAGCUGGAUGCCAAAGGUUGUGCCUCUAAAACAAGGACAAUUAUAGAACUAUAAAUAAAACGUUUACAUAAUCAAUUUGCUGUGAAGUGCAUUUAAAAUGUUUCUUGGCUUAAUGCAGUAGCCUAGAUGCAGAGCUGUUACUUGAUUAUGGUAAUUUAGAAUUAUUAAUGUGUUUUAUUAAAACAAUUAUAAUUUGGGCAAAAUUUAAAGUCCACAGUAAAGUUGUGGUUUGUGUUGUAUUUUUCAGGUCAGUUCCAUAAUGCAUUGUUUUUCACUUCCAACGGCAAUAAUUGUUUUCAAUUGAGUAGUUCUAAUUUCAAAAUGAAGCCAUGAAUGUAAGUUUCCAGUAUCCGUACCGUGAUUUUACUCUUAAACGCAGGCUUACAGUGGUUAAGAAACCAGUGCAAAUCUUGACAUCUGGUAUUUCAUUUAAAUUCUAUAAAUAAAUCUUUAGGUUACCACUAUCUUAACUUGCAGUCUUUUGUUGUAUAUUUUUCGUCUUCAUUCAAAUUUUCAUGUGGUGGGAGGAAGAAAUGUUCUUCUCAUGCUUCAAAGGGUAUGGCAACAAAAAAUCAAUGUGAAUUUUAAAAGUUGAGAACUGUGAUUUUAUGUAUUCUUAGCCGUGUAUACCAGUUUUUAUUUGGAUCUUGCUGGAAAUAAACCAAGGUUUCAGUGUGGAACUGAUUUAAAUAUUUGGAUUUCAUAUAAUUGUGUGGUAGAUGUUCUGCUAAGUAAACUGAUACCGCAUUCAUUACACAGCUAAAUAAGGGUUGUUUUAUUUCCUUUGACAAUUGGACAUACUUUGGCAGAAAGUUUUUACCCAUAUGCGGACCCAAGCUAAGUAUUCAGAUUUAGAGUAGUUUUCUAAUCAAUAUGGAUUAAAGGCAAAUGGCUUUAUUUGGUGGGCUAUGCAUGCUUUGCGUUGGCUAGAUUCCACACCCAGUUUAAAUUCUGAACCUCUGAAAAAAAAUAUGAACGUUUGAUCUACCACUAGUAUCCAUUUUAACCUGUGGUUUUGGGUAUAGAGUUUGUGUGUGACUGUAUGAUUGUGUUUAAUCCCAUUGUGGACUUAUGCAUCUCUAUUUUAUUAUUAUUUUUUAAAAGGUGGAAAUAAUUUAGCCUGUGUAUAAACUGUUUUAGGUAUAUGAAUAUCCAUAAUCGGAACAGUUUGCUUAGUUUCACAUGACAAAACCAGACUCAAACCCAGGCUAGUUCAAUAACCUGCAGCACUACCUACACUUGGGGGUUGAUUUGAACAACCUGUACACAGUUGGAUGUUUUGUACAGCACUGGUUCAUCACCAUGGAUUGCAAAAAAAAAAAAAAACAAAUAAAUAAAUAGUUAGUAUAGGGUAGUGUAGAAAUUGCCCUUUUGUUGCAGUCUUGGUGUGUGUCGUGCAAUAAGGAGUGUACUGUAAAAUGUAACAGAUGCUCAGUAUGCAAUAGUGUACUGUACAGUAACUGAUGUAUAAUAUGCAAAAAGGGUAAUAUAUUCAGUGUUUGCAUUUUAAUGUCUAGAUGUGUCAUCAUGACAAACAUGUUACUGACUCCUGAGUUUAGUGAGAGGUAAGUCUCCAUAUGAGCACUGGCAGCAUAACCCACAUUCUUUAUAAAUGAGAGAGGUUGUCCCAUGAGUAAGGCAUGCUGGGCAUUGUCACGUACAGUGUUACUCGUAUUCAAUAGGAUGGUUCUUGUUUUGCACACGAUUAUCUAAGCUUGUUCUUUUGCUUAAAUUUUUCACUCAGGAAAGAAAUUGUGGUACAAUCAAUAUUAACAACUAGGCCUAUAAUUGCCAUUGAGAGGGGAGGUAGAACAGGUGAUUUGGUAAAAUACAAAACCAUGUACAGUAAUACUAGGCAGUUCAUAGGAAAGCUUGUUCAUGUCCUAAAGGAUCUGUUCAAUUGUUUGAUUUUGCUAUAUUGGAGGAACUUUAUAGGUACAAUAACUGAGACUGAAAGGGGACUUUUAUUUUUCUGCUGAAGUGUUUUUUUUUUAAUCUUGGUAUGGGUUGUACAUUAUGCAAUCCAGAGCACUAGUUAAUUUUGCUUCAGUAUUACAAUUCUUGGGAGUUUUUUUUUUUUUUUAAAUACAAUAUAUAGUUAAUUUCAGUAAACUUAACUUUCAUACACAAAAUAGAUAUUAUCUAUAUACAAUACGUGUCAAAUGUAGCUUAAUAUUGGCCUUGGCACAGAAACUCGCCAAAAGUAUAGUUUUUCUUAACUGCAGUUGUUAUCCUGUGACCUCUCUGUUGCUACACAUUGAUAUGUUAAUAUGAACGUUCUUCAUGUAUAAUCCUUUUCAGAAUAGGUCCAAUGAGGAUCUGACUUGUUCUGCCAACACCUUUAACCCUUGUGUACCCGUCUGAUCACUUUUGCUUGUAAACAGUGAGUAUUGUAACAAAUAAAGGACAAAGUGUCUUGAUUCUUCUUCAAGUUGUA